CUAACCUACAAGUAUUUUGAAUACAAAAAAAAAACAAAUGCUAAUGUUUUGAAUAACUUACAGCGAAACUUAGAGAACAAAACGAGUCUCUUGGCCAGAUCGCCCUAUCCUGUUGAAAUCUCCCGCUUCCAAAAUGCAUUCCCCCUUCCCUUAAAAAAUCGCCCAAAAGAAAAAGCAGAAAGGAGGAAAAAAAAUAAAGCCACGGAGACAGAGGACUUUGUGGCGAGAGGGCCCGGCCUCGUCAGGUCGCCAGAGGCCCCGGAGCAAGAGUCCAGUCGUUCCACAGUUGCCAGAUCUCCCCCCAAGCAUGCGACGAAACCGGCAGGCUUUUACGCAUGCCAGUCGUUGGACGCUCGCACCAGCGUCAAGAUCGCUAAUGUUUUCUUUUCUCCUUUCAUUUCAACCGGAUAAAACAGCAAAAAUUCCCGUCACCCCUUGACCUCCCCUUUCCACAAUCAAUUUUCGGGCAAUAACGAAAGAGAAAGUGAAGUAAUUGUGCAAGUGAGAGAUCAAAGGAUCAGCUGAAAUGGUGAAAAACCAAGAAUAAACAUGUUGCGUGGAUUUUGACAGUGUGAAUCAACAAGUGCCCAUCAGGGAGUGGUGGCUCCAGUGUUUAUCGAGCUCAAUUCACCUGAAAAAAAAGUACAAAAUCCCAGUGAAGUACAACAGUGAUAAAAUUUUUGCUGGAUGAAAGAGUGAAAAUAAGCCGCCCACUGCGGCCCACGAAAUCCAUCGUCCAUGGCGGCCAGUGAAUAAGACGAUCUCCUCUUGUCUUUUUUAUUUCUUUCAAUUCUUUCUUUUUUUUUCUCAUAUAUCUCACGUGCCCCCCUGUGUUUGGAUACAUCACGUUGACGCUGGCGACGCUGCCUACUUCACCAGCAUCAAGAUGGAAGUCGUUUAUAUCGAUGAGAGAGAGGAUGUGCAGAAAAAGACAUUCGCAAAAUGGAUUAACUCACAACUCAUCAAGAAUAAUGAUGAGCCAGUGUCAGAUUUAUUCAUCGACUUGAGAGAUGGAAAUCGAUUGCUCUCACUUCUAGAGGUUCUCACAUCUAAGACCUAUAAGAGAGAACGUGGGCGAAUGCGAGUACAUCAUCUCAACAAUGUUAAUAAGGCGCUACAAAUUUUAGAACAGAAUAACGUUAAACUUGUGAACAUAAGUAGUAACGAUAUUGUCGAUGGCAAUCCGAAAUUGACACUUGGAUUGGUAUGGAGUAUAAUUCUCCACUGGCAGGUACACUAUCACCUGAAGGAUUUAAUGGCAGGACUGCAGCAAACGAAUUUGGAAAAAACUCUGCUCGCCUGGUGUCGUUUGAAUACCAAGAACUAUCCAGGCGUUGACAUAAAAAAUUUUACAACCUCGUGGACAGACGGUUUGGCGUUUUGUGCACUACUACAUAAAUGGCAACCACAGCUCUUCGAUUUUGAUAAUAUCGCUCGUAAACAUCCAAACGCUCGGCUCGACCAUGCAUUUCGUCUUGCACACGACCAUCUCAAUAUUCAACGUCUCCUGGAUCCUGAAGACGUCAACACAGCAGUUCCUGACAAGAAAUCGAUCAUGGUGUACGUCAUGUGUCUCUUCCAGGAGCUUUCUCAACCGGAUGACGAUAUCGGUGAUAUAGAUAUAUCAGUGUCCAGUGACUUGAGUCAAGCAACCACUCCAACAACUCCAGUAGCUGAACAUGGUGCCAUUGCCCUGUCUAUUGCUAACCUCGGUGUUCCAGCAUCACGUCCAAUGAGUUUAGCUACGAAUGUGUCUGUGGAGUUGGGAGGAUACCAGGUAGCACUGGAAGAUGUUCUCACAUGGCUAUUGGAAGCUGAAGACAAGCUUAGUCGUGCCCCAGAGUUGGGACCAACCUUGGAAACCCUGAAGGAGCAAUUUCAUGAACACGAAUCAUUUUUGCUUGAACUCUCUGGCCACCAAGAUGGGGUUGGGGCAGUUCUAGAGGAGGGCGCGAGACUACUUGCUGAGGGUGGACUUCACAGGGACGAGGAGCAGGAAGUACGUGUGCAAAUGUCCUUAUUGAAUUCCAGGUGGGAGGAACUGAGAAUGAGAGCAGUGGACAGACAAUCAAAAAUUCAUGAGAUGCUUCUGAAUAUGCAGCAGAAUCAGUUGGAUGAAUUGAAGCAAUGGUUGACCAAAACUGAAGACAGGAUAUCACAUAUGGCUGCUUGUGAAGUGAGCCGGGCAACACUAGAUGAACAAAUGAAACAACUCAGCGAUUUCCAGGAGGAUGUGAAGAAACAACAGUCUGUUGUUGAUGCUGGAAGGAACAUCAUUGUAAUAGUCGACGAGGAAAAUUCAGAGACUGUGUAUGCACAGAUGGAGGAUCAGUUGGCAGCUCUUGACGAGCGUUGGAAUCACAUCUGCCGAUGGACUGAUGAAAGAGCUGAAAAGCUUCAGUCUUUUACAACUGUAUGGAAGGAAUUUAGUGAUGAUUAUAAAAAAUUGUUAUCCUGGCUCAAUGAGACUGGGAUAACUCUCAGGCAGAUGGAGGCUGUGCCUGCUUCGGAGAUUGGAGAAGUCCUUGAGAGGAUCAAGAAGAUUAGGACCUUGAAAAUGGAGAUGGAUGAUAACCAAAAGAAACUAAUUGAGCUGCAGAAAUCAGUGCAAGACAUUGGGGAUAAGGAGAUGACACCUGAGUGCGAAGACUUAUUGGAGAAAAUUGAAAAUCUUCAGGAUCAGUGGGAGGCCAUUGGACAGAUUAUGGAGGUGCAGAGUCAAAGGAUAUCAAGCUCUGGUUUUGAUUUUGCACUUGAAACCGAAGCGGAAUCCCGAGUACUUAAAAGCAAUGAUUGGAUGUCUGAAACAGUUACAAGCAUAGCACAUCAACAAGAAUUAUCAGAGGCGCAGCACAGUGAUUCGAAAAAACGUCGCCUUGCGGGUGCCCGAUCAAGACAGGACUUCGAGUCAGCAUUAUUAAACUUGUACAAGUGGUUAGACUACGUCGACCUCGAAAUUGGAAGAUCGGAAGGUGUAUUCGAUGAACUGAGUGUCGAGGAGAAGAAAGUAGUUUACGAAGAAAGUUUGGCAGACGUUGAGGCACACAGGGGUGAAUACGAGAGAGUUCUGGGUAUUGGAGGACAGCUUGUGAAUGAGUUGAAGGAGGCAGGCGAGCAGUUUGGUGAUGAAACGAAAAAGAUAAAUGAUAUUAAAAAUUGCUGGCUAGGCACGAAUAACCGACUCGGCGAAAUUAAAGAGAGAAUUGAUUUUCUUAUGAAUCUCAAGCAAUUUCGCUCUGAAUUAUCGAGCUUAAAUUUAAUGCUCGAUGGCUACUCAAAAUGGUAUGAGGGGAACAAGGAGAACACCCAGAUCGAGCCCUUUAGGGUGAAGAUCAAGUCAAUGAACUCACACGAAGAGAGAGUCAAGAAAUUGCUAGAGGGAACUGAAUGUUUAACGAAGAACACAGAAGGAGCUGACAGUGGUGCCAUGGAGAACGACACUCGAGAAUUCAGUUCGAAGUGGGAACAAUUGCAUAAUAAACUAUCUGCUCGAUUGAACGAACUGAGCAACGCUUUGGAUAGAACUCCCCCCAAGAAAUACUCCGAAACAAUGGCAUUCCUCCUGUCAUUCAUAAAUAACGUGGAAGGGGUCCUGUUAACCGAGGACACAGUGUUAUCGAACGAGAAGAAUAUGGAGGAACAGUUGCGAAAACUCCAGGACCUCCAAAACUCUGUGACAGAGCAUCGCGAUAAGUUUAAUUACAUCAACAGCACUGGACAGGAGUUGAUAUCGAAAAUUGGGGGGGAACCGCAGGCUCAGAGGCUCAAAGAUGAGCUGCAGGAUUUGAACACUAAGUGGAGCGACAUUCCUAUCAUCUUGGAAGAACGGCAGAUGAAAUUAACGAAAGAUAUUGAAUCGUUGAGGGAAUUUAAUGACGAGUUCUGUACUCUUGAGGAGUGGCUGGAAAAAUCGUCAAGGUAUUUGAAUGAAAUAUCUCAAGAUCAGUUUAUCAAGGACGUAGAAACUACCAAGUUUAAACUUGAACAACUGAAAUCCCUGUCGGAGGACAUAAGCAAGACGAAACCGAGGGUUGAGGCUCUUCAAACGAUGACUAAUCACUUGCUGGAGAACUCAGAGCCCAAAUUCUCUAGUAUUCUUAAUAGCAGACUCGAAGUUGUUUCGCAGAAGUGGCAUGGCAUCAUCGACGGAGUUAAAUCUGAAAAGGAUAAGUAUGAGGCUGCUUUGAGGAAGAACGAUGAAAUUGUUAAUGGAAUCGAGGACUUCACUAAAUGGUUAUCAGCUUUGGAAAAGGAAAUCCCUCAGAGCUGUAAGAUUACGUCCUCGGUUGAGUUGUUUCAAAUACGCGGACGUUAUCAGAAUCUUAAGGAUAAAAUUGACAAACGAGUGGAAGAAUUUCGGAAUUUAAAUGAAAUGGGAAAUGACAAGCUGUUGAGUUCAGAAGGGUCCUCGGUCCAAGAGUUGGGGAGACGUUUUACAUUCUUGAAUGCACGUUGGACAGAUGUUACUGAUCGUAUUUACGAGAGGUAUAGACAAUUGCAAAAUGCUAGUCACGAAUAUGGCGAAUUUAGGGCACUAGUUGCACAGGAGAGUGACUGGUUGGAUAAAUUGGAAAAGAGAUUGAAGAAAUCGAGUAAGGGGGCUGCUGAUGCUGAAGAAAUAUCUGAGGAGCUUGAUGAUUUGGAGAAUUAUAUUCGAAAUCAUCCGGAGUCUCGUCGUGAGAAAAUCCAGGAAAUUGGAAAGCAAUUAGGGGAGAGUGACAUAAUGACUAGUUCGAUUGAGAGUGAUGUUGAGGGCCUAGAAAGACGAUGGACUGAUCUAAGAGAAAAGGCAGGCGAACGUGCCCAGCUGUUGGAGGGAUCAGUGAGGCAGGCGCAACAAUCAGAGGGAAGAAUACUAGCCCUCCAGCAUUCCCUAACGCAAGUAGACUCUGUACUAACAGCACGACUCGACAGUGACUUGACUGCUGAUGAUUUGCCUCAUGAUUACCAGAAAUUAAUGGAGGAAAUGGACGGUCAGGAGACGACUCUCCAAGAGAUGAAAUCCCAAAUAGAAAUAUACGAAAAUACUGGGAAGCACGAAGCUGCGAGUCGCCUCAGAGAACAAAUGACCUUAAUUGAACAAAAGUUUCUGGAAGUUCAGAGGAAGUUUCAACGUUUCCGUUCACCCUCUAAUUUGGAGCCUAGAUUAUCACGAGCAUUGCGGGAACUUCGGGGUAUUGAGGAGGCCACUUGUUUAUUGGAGCUUGCCUCUGAGGAUCCUGAGGCUAUUGAGGGCCAAUUGAAGCAUUGUCUCAGGUUCUACCAAACCCUGAGUGAAAUCAAGAGUGAAAUCGAGAGUAUAAUAGUAAUCGGCCGAAAACUAGUGGAAGAGAAUAGUGUCUCGGAGCCCGAUAAAUUCUCUAAACGAAUUGACACCCUGAAAGAACUUUACAAUAAACUCGGUCUGAGAAUAACCGAAUCUAAAUCAAUCCUGGAAUCAGCUCUGGAAUUAUCCCGAGACAUGUACAAGCACAUGACAUACUUAAACAUGGCCAUUGACAGUAUAAAUAAGGAGCUUGAUACCCAGCGUAAUAUGCCAGACCUCCCUGUCAACACAAUAUACGUUACUGAGACACUGACUGAAGUGUUACCGAGGUUGAACGCGGUUAAAGAGAAACUGUUCAGAAGCCAGGAUGAAUUUUUGAAGCUGUGUGAUCCAUCUUAUCUGGAGCAACUCAAGGAGAGACUGACAGAUAUAAUAACGAGGCUGACGAGCACAGAGAAGAGGCUGAGACAGAUAUCCUCGAGUGAGGAUGAGCCGAAUGUCGAUGAAAUUAAUGCCUGGCUGUUACAAAUUGAAGAGAAAAUCAAUAAAUUAUGCGAUGUACCCGCUGAGGACAUUGAUGAAGAGCAUAUUGAGAGAUGCAAGGCAAUUCAAUCAGACAUGACCGAGGCAACUCCCCGAGUAUCUCAACUGCAACGCUACACUUUUUAUCCAAAAGUGUCUGUUGUAUGCAACAAAUGGGACAAAAUCACUCGUAAACUCCAGGGUUGGAUGUCUAAGGUGACUGAUAACAUAUCGUUAAAGUGCGAGGGAUAUGAAAUUGGUAGGGGGAGAGACAUUCGAGAGGAUAGAUUUAAACAAUUUGAUAAAUACUCGAGCAAUAUGAAUGGAGAAACGUGUGGAGUAGAGUGCAUUAAUUCAAUUUGUCAUAAUUACUCAUCUGACUCUCAAAGAUACUACGAGAGAAUUGAGAGAGUACGUGGAAGAGUUGCUGAAAUUAACAGCAUGAUAGAUCAUAACUUUGAAAUGAAUGAGGUACCAGAUGUGGUGAAAACAGCGCAAAAUAUCGAUUAUGUGGACGAUGAGGAGGAGUUCUUUCUAUCGAAGAAUAGUAAAUUAUUCUCUCAAGUAUCUGCCAACACAUUGACAGCAGUGGAGUCACCUGACACUCAGUCAAAUCCCCUUCGAGUUGUUGAAGUGAGGGAAAUGGAAAUCAUUAAGGGGACUGCGGCUCUAGGUGAAGGGGUUGUAUUGCCAAAGGCUAAUGUGCAUUUCGGGCAGAGGCCACUUGUGGUGGAGAGGGUGGAAAUACUUGAGGACACUGAAACUGAACCAGAAUCGGUUGACACUGAUCCUGAGGAGAAAGAUGGUAGGGUUCAAGUCAAAUGUUAUCACGGAAUGAAGAAAGAACUUGUGCCCAUAUUGAAGAGGAAAAAUAUAAAUAAAUCAUCAGUGGGUCCGAAAAAAUUGACCCUUCGGUUAAACCAGGAGGACAUUUUUACGGAGACCUCAGUGAGUUAUCGAAUGGCUAGGGACAGAGUUAAUUAUGAAAGAUACACGACUGCCUCGUGGAAAGAUGAAGCGAGUGUUGCUGAGUAUUUAAUAUUGGAUGAGGAUGAAGGAGGUUCUUCGUCACCUAAAGAGGCUGGGAGGGAAAAUAAAAUGUUGGUGGAUUUAAAGGGAAUGCUCUAUAAACAACAGGAUGAUCUCAAGACAGAGGGAAUUCGGAGAUUUAAUAGUGAUGAUAAUAGGGGAAAGAAAUCCAUUACUACGAGGAGAUUAAAGGCUCUUUCUCUGGAUGACACGAAAGAGGAUUGCGAGAGUUUUUAUGGGAGUGAUAAAGAGACUGACGAUGCCCUGAUUUUUUCGGAUGAUACUGAGAUCGACGCCAGUGAUGAUAGUAGUGACGAAGGGGAUACUAGCUCUGUAAAGGGUAAUGGGAACUUCCUGAACAAGUCGACUAUGGAGAAAAUCGAAAGAAUUUCCCAGAAACCGGAUCCGAAGUCUCUCGUGGAUGGGAGGGAUGCACGCAGCCCCAACUUAUCAAAAAUUGGAUUAGAACGUGAUAUCAUUGAGUUCGAACAGCUUGCACAGCUUAUGUCGAGGAGAAUAGACGUUAUGCUAAUGACAAUUGGUGCUGUCUCCAAUGAGAAGGAUCCCACGAAGCGGCUUGAGGUUUUGAAAAACGAAGUGAGUGGUCUUGCCCCAGACGCGGCCUCCUUGAUAAGCCGUGGUGACGGUUUAGUAAUGACUGUCCACAUGCUCGACCCGACUCGUGCUGAAAAAAUAAAGAACGAGCACCAAGACAAGCUUCGCAGUAAAUGGCAUCAAGUAAUGACUGAAGUAGACUCACGUCGUGUCCAAGCUCAAAAAGCCGAACAACUUUUGAAACAAUACAACAAACUAAUCGUUGACUUUGAAAAAUGGUUUCGUGAGGUGCCAGCUAAAUUGGAACAGGCUAAUAAUUACGAGAGGCAAUUGGAGAGCUUCACCGAGGAGUUUGAUGUUAAGCAAGAGGAGAUAGAAAAGUUGAACAAUUUGUGCAACGAGUUGAAGAAACUCAACGUUGGAUACCCAGAGGCUAUUCGUUACAGUAUAAACACAAGGUGGCACGAGAUAAGCUCUCAAUUUAAGAGAUACAGUGGUAGCAAGGACAAGGAAAAAGUUGCUGAGAAAAAAAUGGAAUUGCAGGAUGUUGGUAGUGUUUCGGCACUUGAUUAUGCAACGAGAUCUAAUAAACUUAUGGAGGCAUUAUCCACAAUAUCACGUUCAUUAAAUUCGACUCCAUUAAAUGGAAAAGAUUAUGAAUUAUUCCUGAGCCAGGAGGAGUGUUUGAGGAAAAUAAGCAAUGCAUUAGGCAUAUUAAAACCUAGUGUUGAGGAGAUGGGUUAUCUUUCGGAAACAGCAGUGAUGACUAUGAAAAAAGAGCAGUGCGAUCAAGUUAAACGUUUGGGUGAAAAAUUGCGAAAGGAGUGGCUGGUAGUGAAUUGUGAUUAUACGGAUAGAUACAAUCGGUGGGUCAAGUGCUCCCAGAAGUGGAAGGAGGUUGAUCACUCUUGUUGGAUGUUUACUGAGUACAUGGACAAAUCAGCAAAGUUAUUGAAAAAAAUGUCAUCGAAAAUGUCUAGAGGAAUGCUCCUGGAAAUGGAUCGUGAGGUACAACAAAUGCAGAGGAUGUUCAUCUCCAUUGGCAUAUUGCAUGGCCAUAUUUUGUCUCGUUCAGCGCCGGAGGAUAUCAGUGAAUUACAAACGACUGUUGAUCAUACAAAACAACGAUGGCAGCAGUUAUUGGCAGAGUUCGAUGCCCUCAAAGACAAGUCAACAGCAAUGGAUAAAAAAAUGAACAACAAGGACGUAAUUUUGCAAUCAGCCAGAAAUAGUAUUGAACAUGUCAAUGCACUUCUGGAUUCCAACGCCAAUCCGUCGGACGAUACGUCCCUGUCGAUCAGAUUAUCCAUGAUCCGAGCGAGGGAGGACGAACUCAAUACUCAGAGGAAUGAGCUGGAGAACUUGAAGAGUCAUUCACGUAAUUCGGAUGAUGAACAACAGUUGCAGGGAGUUUUGAGUGAAAUUGCAACGGGACAGAGCAAUUUGUCUAGCCAUCGGGAUUACGUUGAGAAUAAAUUAACUUCAAUUAAGAAGUAUAUCAAUUGUUUGGAUAACAUUAUGGAGUGGGUCAUGGAGACUAACACGAGAAUUAAUAUCUCGAGGGAGUUGUUGCCAAUUGAGAGAAAUAAAGUCCUCGACAAUAUUAUGAUGGAGGUGAAGGAUCGAGAAAUGGAAGUUAAAGAGGUGCUCGAAAAUUACACAAAUCUGGAGAAAGAGUGUGAAACGGCUAAGCAGCCAGUCUCCGUCGAACUUCAGGAAAAAUUGAAAAAGUUACGUGAAGACUGGCAACACGUAAAGAAUCGAGGAGAGCCUGUGGAGAUUGAAGGAUCUGGCGUGAUGGCAGUACGAGCUAAGGAGACGGAGAGAAAUGUUGGAGCGAGCCCGACGGAUUUACGGGACCAAGUAGUCACUCCCGUCGUCUCACCAGCCUCGAUCCCACCAGCCAAUACUAGCCAGGAGACAUCAGUGUCGACCUCGGCUUCAACCCUUGUCGCUGGUCUCGACAAAUCAGUUCUUCAGAUUCGCGACUGGCUAACUCUAGAAGAGGAGAUGCUGCGCCAGCAAAGUGUAUCUGUCGGCGAUGUCGACGAAAUUCUCCAGCUCAUUGACAAGCAAAAGAAUGUUCUCCGAGAGCUGGAACAGAAGAAACCACAGCUGGAUGAGCUCGUACACACUGCUGAGAAUCUCCGGGCUGAUACCAAUCGUCAACAAUUGCACGGAAAGGAAAUGUUGCUGCACAGUAUGCAGUACAAUCCCCGUCUCUCACCAACUCGGGCAUCAUACAACACGAGAAUGGUAUUGUCACGAGAAUCACUACACGCUGUUCGACACCGCAGAGAUGUAUCUACAGACGAAGUUACAGUGGCUAUUCACCGACAUACCUCGGACGUUCCUCCGUCAUAUCCGGCUGAACAACGAGAAAUUGAUGACAGGAGGCGAACUGACUAUCCACCCCAUCAGGUUACAAAGCUGCGUGAGCAUUGGGACGAGACAAAUUCAAAAGUUAUGCAGCGAAAGACGCAAUUGGAUGCUAUGCUCGGUGACAGUCAGAGAUACGAGGCAAAGAGAAAUGAAGUGGAAGUGUGGAUCGAUCGAAUGGAGCUGAGACUUACGAGAAUGCGAUCUGUGGGGCACACGGCUGAUGUUCUUGAGGCACAACUCAGAGAGCAGAAGUCCUAUCACGCUGAACUCCAUCAAUACAAGCAUCAAAUCGAGCUGUUCAAUCAAUUAACACAAAAACUAAUAGCCGUGUACCAGCAGGAUGAUACAACACGUGUUAAAAAAAUGACUGAAACAAUCAAUCAACGCUAUAACAACUUGAACACCAGUAUCAUAAACCGUGGAAAGCUUUUGCACUCAGCGAUGAAUUCGCUCCACAAUUUCGAUCGCUCAUUGGACAAGUUCUUAGCUUGGCUGAGUGAAGCUGAGUCUUCAAUGGAGGGAUUGGAGGCUGAGGCUGAUAGGCUGGGAAGCAGAAGGGAUCAAGGGGCACUCAGGAGACCUCAGCAUCAACUAAAGGACCUGCAGUCUGAAAUCGAGACACAUAGAGAUGUUUACGCAUCACUAAAUGGAACAGGACGUAAACUCCUGGGUUCAUUAGCGAGUCAGGAUGACGCUGUUAUGCUGCAACGCAGACUGGAUGAAAUGAAUCAGAGGUGGCAUCAUUUGAAAGCUAAAAGCAUGGCAAUCAGGAAUAGACUGGAGAGUAAUGCGGAACAUUGGAAUGCCCUUCUGCUUUCUCUGCGUGAGCUCAUAGAGUGGGUCAUCAGGAAGGACACUGAGCUGACCGGCUUGGGACCUGUCUGCGGUGAUAUUGCAACACUCCAGAAACAACAGGAUGAUUACCGAGGCUUCCGGAGACAGCUGGAAGACAAACGACCCGUCAUUGAGCACAACUUACACAGCGGGCGACAACACGUUGCCAAUGAACCACCACUCUCAGACACAUCUGAUUCCGAAGGUCGAGAACUUGACGGUGACUCAAGGGGUUACAGAAGUGCCGAGGAGCAGGCCCACGAAUUAACUCGAAGUAUUCGACGUGAGGUGAACAAACUCUCGGAACAGUGGAACUCUCUGAUCGAACGUAGUGAUGCAUGGAAACGAAAACUCGACGAUACGACAGCGAAAAUGUGCGUUUUUCAAAAGGCACUGGAGGACCUCUCAUCGAGAAUGGCCGGUGCCGAGGCAAUUCAGAGUGGCUGGCAGAGUCCCGCUGAUGCAUCAGAGGCGGGAGAAAUGUUGGAGCAGUUGCAAAAGUUUGGCGACAGAUUGGGACCCAUUCAGAGAAACAUCGAGGAAGCCAAUGACCAAGCUAGUUUGUUUGCUUCGAGUAGUGUCAUAGUAUCUCAUGGACUAUUAGCUAAACUCGAGGAUCUCAAUACAAGAUGGAAAGUUUUGCAGUUAGCAGUGGACGAUAGAUACAAAUUACUAAGUGGAUACGGUAAAGAUGGUAGCACUCCAGGUAGUCAGGCUUUCCUCGCUGGUAGCGUUGAGCCACCAUGGGAGAGAGCCCUCACGCCCGCCAAAGUGCCUUACUACAUAAAUCACCAAUUGGAGACGACCCACUGGGAUCACCCAAAGAUGAUUGACCUCAUGGCCUCCCUAGCAGAUCUAAAUGAAGUGCGAUUUUCCGCCUACAGGACAGCCAUGAAACUGCGAACAGUCCAGAAGAGGCUCUGUCUGGACAUGCUGAGUCUCUCAACAGCCCUCGAGCACUUUGACUCCCACGGUUUGCGCGCUCAGAAUGACAAGCUUAUCGACAUACCCGAUAUGAUAACAGUGCUAACAUCACUCUACGAAGUUAUAGCUGCUGACAAUCCAACGCAGGUGUCUGUUCCUCUGUGCAUCGAUCUCGCCAUAAACUGGCUUCUCAACGUUUACGACAGUCAGAGAACUGGACAGAUACGCGUUCUCUCCUUCAAAGUUGGUCUCGUCCUACUGUGCAAGGGUCAUCUGGAGGAGAAGUACAGAUACUUGUUCCGACUGAUAGCAGAUCCGAACAGGCUUGUCGAUCAGCGUAAACUCGGUCUCCUCCUCCAUGACUGCAUCCAGGUACCGAGACAAUUGGGUGAAGUGGCUGCCUUCGGAGGCUCGAACAUUGAGCCAAGUGUUCGAUCAUGCUUCGAGAAAGCUGGCAAGGAUAAGAAUGAGAUAGAAGCUGUUCAUUUUCUCAGCUGGCUGCAGCAAGAGCCUCAGAGCAUGGUCUGGUUGCCAGUGCUGCACAGACUCUCAGCUGCAGAGAGUGCCAAACAUCAGGCGAAAUGCAAUAUAUGCAAGGAGUACCCGAUCGUUGGCUUCAGGUAUAGAUGCCUGAAGUGCUUCAACUUCGACAUGUGUCAGAGCUGCUUCUUCUCGGGAAGAAAAGCCAAGAAUCACAAAUUGACUCAUCCUAUGCAGGAGUACUGCACAGCAACGACUUCUGGGGAAGAUGUCAGGGACUUUACGAGGGCAUUGAGAAAUAAAUUCAAGUCAAAGAGGUAUUUCAAGAAGCAUCCGAGGGUUGGAUAUCUUCCGGUGCAGACUGUUCUUGAGGGAGAUGCUCUUGAGAGUCCAGCACCAUCACCUCAGCACAGUACUCUGAGUCAGGACAUGCACUCCAGGCUGGAAAUGUAUGCCUCGAGACUCGCUGAAGUUGAAUUGUCUAGAACUAGGAGCAAUUCAACGCCUGACAGUGAUGAUGAACAUCAGCUUAUUGCUCAUUAUUGUCACAGUUUGAAUGGAAGUGAUAAUAUCAAUGCACCCCGAAGUCCAGUGCAGGUGAUGGCUGCCAUUGAUGCUGAGCAGAGAGAGGAACUCGAGGCCAUGAUCAGGGAAUUGGAGGAGGAAAAUGCCACUCUGCAGGCUGAGUAUGAGAGACUUAGAUCGAAACAGACACCUGGAUCGACACCGGAGGAUGGACAUGGCAGACAGCCGGACUGUGAUAUGAUUGCUGAAGCCAAGUUACUUAGGCAACACAAGGGGAGGCUUGAGGCACGUAUGCAGAUCUUGGAGGAUCAUAAUCGGCAGUUGGAAGCACAACUGCAACGACUCAGACAACUCCUUGAAGAGCCGAACGCAUCUUCUCCAUCUAAGACUGGUACGCUCCAGACAAGAAGUGUUACAGCUUCCCAAUUAGCCACCGACUCACCAGCCAAAGUCAAUGGACAUUAUCACGACACCUCAGGUGGAGGAGGCGCGGGUGAGGGGCGUGUUAGCAGUUUAGAAAGACCACCGCCACCACCGCAUUCUCACAACGUUGCCCAUAAUGUGGGUAAUCUUUUGCAUAUGGCAGGAGAUUUAGGCAAAGUCGUUGGUGAACUAGUCACAGCAAUGACUGAGGACACCCCAAGGACCAAUGGUCAACGCGCCCCUCCAGCUUUCAAAUGAAUAAAAUUAACCACAUCAAUACGAAACGCAUAUCUUUGAAUUCAACAUACCACAGGUUGUUCCAAAAAAACACGAUAAAAAGAAUAUAAAUCGAUAAUGUUUACUGUUUAAGUUGUAAUGAGACCUGUUAACCAAAUAAUUCAUUCAGAUAACUCAGUCGAAUAGUCAGAGUGGAAGUCGAAGUGAAAACAUUAAUGGAGUUUAGGUAAAACUUAGGGUUACUGAUAAAAUGACCAAGAAUGAUAAUCUGACUGAAACGCAUAUCAGAGACACAAAAUCUUGAAAACGAAAAAAAAUAUAAUGAACUUCUCAGUGUAAUGCAGGGUCAGGGAAUCCCACCCAACUUUUACAAUGGUAAUUUUUUGAAUAUUUUAUAAGUUUUUGAUAUUUGGCCAUUGUAUAGCUGACGCAAUAAGUAAUUAAUUGGCAAUUAAGAUUCCCUGCAUCAGUUGAAAACGAAAAAAAAAAUCAUGCAAUGAAGGAUAAGAGAUGUUUUAAUGAUACGUAUUGACUCGCCAUAUCACGAAAAAAAAAAAAUGAUGAUUUGAUGAUGGAAAAAUCAUAAUUGUUAUGCUUGCUAGAUAAACUAUACUAAAAUAUAACGAUUACAAAUAUUAUAAAUGAAAAGAAGUGAAACUAAUACUAACAGUGCAUGCAAGAAAAGCAAUGUAUCAAAUUACGUAUUCGAUAUAGAUCGUAAGAAUGCGUUGCGUUUUAAUACCCAUUCUGUUCACUGCCACUGGCGCUUCCUCGACGUAAAAAAGUUGAUGAGUAUUAUCCCCCAUAAAUCAUAACCGAGCAGAAGAAAAUUUUGUAGCCAUAAAAGUCUUUAUUAAACAGCUAAAACACUGUGGGAGAUAGCAUUUCUUGGUUUACGAUGAAUCAAUUGAAACACUACAUUUUGUAAAAUGUAACAUCGACAUGAUCAAUUGUUUUUUUAAAUUUUUAUUGCUUCACUUACUGUAUUUCACAAGCAACUCAAUGCAAUCUCUACGUCGAGGAUACAUAAGGCUUUUUUCUAAUGAACAUAAAGGACACAAGAAAAUAUACGAGCCAGUCGUUUCUACAUAUCACGACUAUUAACGAGGGACAAAUGAAAUAUCAAUUCGAUCAAGUAAUGACGUAAUUUAUUAAUUACUAGGGUGUAGAGAUGAUAAAGUUAGUUGAUAUGAUUUUUACUUCAUAUUUUCUUUUUUUUUGAAGAAAGAACAUCAAUUACUGUAGGUGAUUCAUUUAGAUUUUUUUAAAUCGUUUUUAAUUCUACCAAAUGUUAUGUAUAUUUAAAGAUAUAUUGAUACCUACUUAAUUUACAUAAUGUAGACUGUAUCCUCAUAUCAUGUAAUAAAGUUGUCUAGAAAUUCUGUCACGAUUAAAACUCACAUGACCAAAAAA